AUUACUAUUCUGUUUAACAAACAGCGAUACCUUUUUUCUAUACAUGUUUAUGACACAGGAUCUGCAAUAGAGAAUUUUGAAGUAUUUCUAAGACCAUAUAAGGAGCUUUAAGAUGCAGAUUGGAAUAUUUGUCAAUGAUUGGGAAGUAAUGCUCAAUAAAUGACAAACGCUGAAGAUAUGAAGCUGACUUUUCAAUUGAAAAAUAAGGCGCUUUUUUGUGUUUCCUGUGCUUGGAGAUGAACCGUGUGGCAGUGUGGGCUCUGGGACGAGCAUGAUUUCCUGUAGCGUUACAUUUUAUCAACCACCCAAACAUGAUUUCUAGAUGGGCUGCGUUUCACAAACCGGGUCACAUACCACCUAGUUCUUUAGGUUUCCUUAGAGAUGAGCCAUGAAGAUGAGAUGUCUCAGACAAAAUGAUUUCUUGACGUCACACAUUAGACAGCCAAUCACAGGAGACCUGUGGGCUAGGUCACCUGCUGAUGUUUGUUUUCCCCCCAUUCAUUUAAGGGGGGGGGGGGGGGGGUCGCAUUGUCCAAAGUCCACUAGAAGGGGGACUCCGAUAAAAACAGACUGUGGUGAUCGUCUGCGAAAUCAAUAAUCCUGAGUGAUAGCACUUUAGAUGUGGUCAACAGAAAUUCUUACCCCCAAGAGAUAAAAGAGAUAGCAAAUUGGGUGUGGUAGAAGGAUUUUCUAAUCAACACCCCCUAAGGGAUAGCAGUUAAUCACCCCCGUCUACUUUUCUGGAGAGACCCUCUCCCGGGGUCCCUAAUAGGCAUUUCGAAUGGAUGUAAUGACCAGGAAUCAGACUGUUUUUUUGUGUGUGUGCUCAAAAAUAAACAUAUUUGCGAUAAUUUAUGAACCAUGUCGAGAACUCUGAAAGUGUCAACGAGAACAAAAUAAAACUAUCGUAAAAUCAGAGCAUUAAAAAAAAAGGUUACAUUGAUUGAUUGACGUGCGGCACAGGUCCUUAUACAAAGAGUAUGGACCGGUAUAAACCUCGCUACGCGCGAGUUUGUGAAUACCCUGUUCUAGAUGGGUCUGUGUUUUGGUUCCAUGAUCUCUUCGCGUAGUGGGGUUUAUGUGUUGUUUUGAUUAUACUAAACGCGGAUAUAAGAUAGGCGGGCUGUUGCUUUAAAUAGACUAACAAAGGGAGAGCUUUGAUCACAUCGUAGUUCGAAAUGGCGGAUACAACGGAGAAUACGGAGAAUAAACUAUUGACAUCGGCGGAAGACAUCAAAGAGUCUCUAAACAAGGAAGUCAAAGAGCUCGACUGGAGAAGCUUAGGAAACGCGCUCGAGCAGCAAGACAUACAGGUGUCGAAGACGACAAAGGCGUCCAUGAAGGUUUACAAGAGUGGAGACCGCACAAGCACUUGUCUGGAGUUUGAAGACCACGUCUUGGAGCAACAGCUUUUAGUAUUCCCGUCUGUGGUGUCUCUAAAUGUCGGCGGCUAUAAUUACACGUCCACGGCCUACACAUUAACGCAAUAUCCCAAGUCCGUACUCGCGCAGAUGUGCAAUGGAAUUAUUCCAGUCCCGCGGGAUCUCAAGGGACAGCAGUUCAUUGAUCGGGACGGGGCAACAUUUCGGUAUAUCUUGACGUUUUUGCGGACCGGUAAAUUAACGGUCCCUGAAGGGUAUAAAUACUUUCGGGAGCUGUUAACAGAGGCAGAGUUCUACCGGCUUGAACCGCUCGUUGAGUUAAUCAAGGGAAAGAUAAAGGAGGAAGAGAAAGCGAAGGAGAAGAGCUAUUUGCGAUUAAGGUACAACAAAAAGACCACCAAAGGCGUGGUAUUAUCCGGGACUUUGAAGAACUUGCAAGAAAUUAUCCCGGAUGUGAAGGCUGUUGGCGGGACAUUGUUCAGCAGUAAGGAGUACCACUUUGGAGUGGGGCCUGGAUUCGAGGGGAGCACGGAGCCCGUGGGAGGAGACGAGGGGGUUUCGCAAGUGGCGGUAAAAGGGGCGCAAAUGGUCAUACCGCUAAAAAGCACCCAAGUGGACGCACUAGUCCAACUGAUCUUGAGCCACGGGUACGACGUCAAGGGGUCAGCGGCUGCGUUUGAUGAAAACGACAACAAAGCCUGGAUUUUCGUUCGAAAUUGACAUGUUACUAUGGUGACACUCGAGUGUUGCCAUGGUGAAACUGAUAAGAUAACAUGACGACGGGUUACCAUGGUGAGGUGACUUCAUAUGGUGUCAGUGAUAAUUGACUUUUAGUGAUGACGUUAAUAAAACAAUAUUUUGAA